UCCGCGCAGUUCGUGGUUGCGCGACCAUUAAAACGGACAAGUCUUUGCCAUCAUUCGGACCCAUAAGGGUUUCAGUAACGUUCGUACUAGCGUAGAGAAUAGAAAGAAGAUAUUUUAAGAUAUCACGCACAUAUUUAAGUGUGAAACAACUGUCGCAUUGUAAUUGAAAAUGUUCACUGGUUUAACGAAUCAGGUGUCUACAUGGAUGGGAAAGAAGGCAGAAGAUGCCGGCACGGAAUUACCACCUGAGGAAAAAAUUCCUGUAACUACCGAAGGAGAAGAAUUGGACAGGAAAGAUAGCCCGACCAAAAGCGGCAGCAAAUUGGACAUGCUGGUUGGUGUGAAAUCCCAGAUGACAGGCUGGUUUAGCGGUGGAAUUCCUGGAUUGAGCCGCGGUGGACAAGGAAAUGAAGGCGAAUCGCAGGGCCCUAAAACAAUGAACGGGGCCCAAGUGGCGCAAACCACCACUGAGGGUACCGUCGAACCGACGAAAGACGACGAUGCUAGUAGUAAGCGAUUGAUAAGCGCAACUGGCGGAGCCGAUAGUGGUCCUGCGAGCUUAGAAGGUUCUCCAUCCGAGGAUAAGGAAGGACAACAAGCAUUUGGAGGAGUUUCAACGAAAGCCCUGGCAGGCGCCAAGACCCUCGGAGGAUUUUUGUACAGCGCCGUGAAUAAAGCUGGAAAAACCGUGGUCGAGGCUGGGGCAAAGAUCAAGAAGACCGUCGAGGAGAACAGAUUGGUAGCCGAGCUGAACAGAGAACAGGAGGCUUUCAUUGCGAACAAGCACACCGAAAAGGGUGAGGCUGUCGCACCGUGGGUCGGUGCGCCUAACGAGGACAUACUCCGCGAGGAAUGCUUAUCUCUCUCCAUGGAUCAACGCAAUUUCUUAAAAUCGCCGCCAAAGGAAGUCGAUUUCCCAUGGGACUUCGAGGCCGUACAACCGAUGGCGCAAGCCACUCUCGCCUUGGAUCCGAAUUUGGAGAACAUGAGGUUCCAACUGGUGCCGAAAGUAAUAUCAGAGGAGAAUUUCUGGCGGAACUACUUUUACCGGGUGUCGGUACUCCGCCAGAGCCACGAGCUGAACACAAUGGCCAACCAGGCAGAGAACAACCUAAAUCAAACAUCCGCAGGAACUGUGGAUCAAGCUGAAGUUCAAGUGACCACUGGCCAGGAAAGCAGCGGAACCGUGAUGACCGGGAGUAACAGCGCGUUGGCCGAUUCGCCGGGCCACGAAUUCGUGUCCGAUAGCAUGAGGGUCUCGGACACGGACCUCGAAGAGGUCCGGGAAGGCAUGAAAAAGCUGGGGAUGCAGCCGCCUAAAGCCUAAGAAGAGGAGAAUCCCCCCGAUAUAAAAGCAUUAUCCAAAGCACACCCCUCAGAAAUAAAUACGACAAGCUUCUUUCCCCGUCUCGAAGGCCGACGUUGAGCUUUUCGGUUCUCGUCCACAAUUUCCUUCUACCCUCCUUCUCUUUUUUUUUUUUUUACUUUUCUUAUUUUUCUUCUUCUUCUUACUCGUUCCUCGCGUGGUUAAUCCCCGUAAAAUAACCGUAAUUAGAGUGUAAAUGCGAGGAUGUUCUCACGGGACGAACGAUCCUCCUUGUUUUUUUGCUUCCUUGUAUCAUUUUGCUUUCUCUCUAACGUAAUCCUUUCAAGUGUCUCUCUUCUUUUAUUCGUUUUAUUUUAUUUUAUUUUAUUUUUCCAUUAUCGUCCCCCCUCCCCAAGUCCCGAUAAGAGAUCGACAAGAUCGCCACCCGUGCCACGCGUGUAACAAUCGAUCGACGAUGUUAAGGGUAGUUUUUCGUUAUCGUUGCUAUCGUUAUCCGCCGAUAUCGUUUCGCCCGUCGAUCGUGUCGUCGUCACCGUGGUUGGUCGUCGCCUCGAUUCGAACGCGAGACAGGGAUCAUUCUUGUUUUAUUUUUUUUCUUUUUUUCCCUCCCCCGGAGACAAUAGAUUUGCGCUCGAGAAAGGAGAAAAGAGGAAAAAACGAGAGAGGGAAGAGAUAGAGAGAGGGAGAGGUGGGGAAUAUAGACGAAGAAAAUAAACUAAGUAUAAUAAAUAGCGAUCUUUUUUUUUAUAUAAAGAAAGAGACACGUCGGAUUUUGAAACGUGAUCAAGAAACAACGCGUAAAAAUCGAUGAUAGCGAGUAGCGAUUACACGCGAUUAAUGGCGUAAUGUAUGCUGAGGGGAGAGCAAUGAGAGAAUGAAUGGACGAACGAAUGAAUGUUAGUGAGAGAGAAAGUGAGAGAGAAAUUGUAAGAAUGUAACGUAGAUGCGCGAGGACACACUCUUCUUUCGAGAAAAGAACGUGAUGUAGAAGAUGAAAUAAAAGAGAGGAAAAAAAAAAUCUUUGGUAAAAAAUGAAAAGACGAAUACAAAAAAAAAAGAAAAUAUAUAUAUAUAAAUAUAUAUUUAUAUAUAUAUAUAUAAAACGUAGAAGAAAAAUCUUGUAAAAUCACACGAGCAAAGAUAUAAAAAAAAAAAAAACUCGAUUAAAUGUCUGUAUGUCUGUCCGUUUGUCUGUCGUCUGUCUGUCUUCGUUCUUAAAUUAAUAAAUAUUGUCUCUUGUCGAUUCUUUCCGUGUUGUAAAACAUUAAGGAAAUAUUAAAAACAUAUAACACAAAAGAAAGAGGGAAAAAAAGCCAAUAAAGAAAGGGAGAAAUGUAAAAAAUGAAGUGGAAAGAAGAGAAAAGAGGUGGGAAGUAAAAUAAAAUGUGAACAGAGGGGAAGGACGACGCGAAACUGUGACUCUGACUCUUGAAGAAAAGUAUUCUUUGCGCGAUCGAAAGUGAUCUUCCGAACUGAAAGAAUAAAUAGUCGGACGAAAGAAAUUUAUUAAUGCUAAUCGUAAUCAGUAUCUUCUUUAAAAAAAGAAAGAAAGAACAAAGAAUUAAAAAGAAUUAAAAAGAGAUAGAAAGGAUAGGAGAGAAGACAGAGGAAGAAGGAAAAGAAUUUACUAAAUAUUACCGUAAAAAAAGGAACUAAGAGAAAGGGUAAGAUAUAAAAUUCAUCGAAUGACAAUACAUGUUUUAAAAGAAAAUAAUUUAAAAAAAAAAAAAAAAGAAAUAAAGAAAACUAAAUAAAAUAAAUAAAACGGGAAUCGAGGUGUAACUUUCUCGUCUCGUCUCUCGUGGGUGUAGUCCUCCUCAUAGUGAUUUUCCUUCCAACUCAAUUGAACAUAAAUUUAACAAAGAGAGUUACACGCAACUGAUUCACGGUAAAAAAAAGAAAAAGAAAAAACGAACGACCGGGGGCGAUCCGUUUACACGCCCGUCCACUGGAACAAACUUUAAAAAUCGUUAUAGAAUAAGAAAAAAGGAGAAGUGAUUAUAGAGAUAAAAGUUGAAGGGAGAAGGGGAGGGGGCGGGAGAAAAUUUUUUUCUUUAAUCGAGAAAAAAAAAAGAAAGAAAGAAAGAACGGCGACAAAGGAGGAGAAAAAUCGUAACGAUUACAGAGAGACGAAGAAUGAAUGCGAGAAAUAAAUUAAUUUGUACAUUUUCCAUAUGUCUCUGGACGGACGGUUAAGCGGUGUGAACGAGCACGAGAAAAUCCGCACGUGCACCGGUGCACCUGAUUUCGAAACGAAUAAAAUGGGGGGGAAAAAGAGAGGAACAUGAAGGAGGGAAAAAAAAAAGAAGUACGAUAGAAACAAAUCGACAAAGGUAAAAAAAAGUAAAAAUAAUAGAAACGACUGGGUAACGCGCGAAGCCUUCGAUAUUCGACCAAUGCUCGCGAGGCUAUCGACUAGAUUUGACAUGGAGAGCGCGUGUAAAGACGAAUCGAUACACACACGUACACGUACACGCAGAGUUAGAGGGAGAGACAGAGUGUAUGUGUGAGAAAAAGAGGACGAGUAUCGGGUUUGUCGGUGAAAAGUUCGGUUUCUCACGAUUUUUCUCAGUUCGACGGGGUGAAUAUAAUUUCUAUUGCAUAUUAAAAAUAAUAAUAAUAAUAAUAAUAAUAAUAAAAAUUAUUGAUACGAGCUUCGGAACGAAUUUAAACGACGAUAAUAAUUAAUACACACAAGUGCAGUGUGAUGGAACUUUUGGACGAGCGAGAGGGAUUGAGUACGAGUUUCGGGGGAAAAUUAUUUUAGGGAAAUUUCCCAAGUCAAAUUCAAACGACUCGAGAGAGACUCGUAAUUAGCUUAAUCGUAUUAAGGUGGAAGGAGAGUUUAUUUCGCGGCUUCCGAUCGAUCGAGUCGGACGCGUUUCUCUCGCGGAACGAAACUUCCGGUCGCCCCUUGUUUUUUCGCCACCCGAUAGACGAUCGCGAUUAUAUUCGCGCGCGAGAAACGAUUUCAUCGAAGGAGAGAGAGAAAGAGAGAAUUGGAAUCGGUUCGCGACGAGAUCUCGAUUUAUAUUAUAACGGAGGAUAAAUAGAAUGAUCCAUCAAAUCUUCGAGGGGGAUAUUUAAUUCAAUCGCUGGCGGAUGAAGGAGGGAAAAGCGUGGCGAGGCACGCCGGGAAACCUACCUACCCCCCCGUCUCUCCGGUUCUUCCGUUUUCGCCUUUUGACCCUCCCCUCCUCCACCCCCCGUUUUCUCGGUUCUCUCCAUCCUUGCGUGUGAUUUGAGUUUUUGCCUCUCUCGCCCUUCGCCCUUCUCCCUCCUCCCGCCUAACCUCUUACGCUCCUCACCUCUCCCGACUAACACUAACACAGACACACGAUUUAAUUCUGGCACACGGAGACACACGGACACACGAGGCUCUCUCGUCGCGAGAUCGAUGUGAAGGAACAGGCUGCGAACAUUUGCUACGUACAUUGUUGGAAACAGCUCCACGCGUGGAAAAUCGUGCUCGAUUCGUGAAAUCUGUAAACACGUGAAAUAUGUACACGUAUACACGAUAAUUUCGAGUAAAUCGUACGUUAUAGAUGCAUUAAAAUACUGACACCACAUAUAGAACUGAAAAAACGGCACACAUAUACACACACACACACACACAUACACUUACACGAAACAUAUACACGCGCCAAACAAGAGGCCGCGUGGCCCGCUUGAAACUAGCUACAACGCUACUUGUGAAUCUCCAGCAGAGGAAGAUUGGGAACGCGAAUUGGAAGCGGAGCUGAAGGAUUACGAGGUAGUAACAGGUAACGAAGAGAGGAGCAGCGUGGAAACACCGGUGAGAAGCAGUGGCGCGUUGGACAAAGAUUGGGAGAAGCAGAUCGACGAGUUACUUGCCAACGAGGACGACGAGGACCUCAAGUGAACUGGGAUAUCCUCUUUGUGAAUCGGAUAGAGAGAGAGAGAGAGAGAGAGGAAGAUCUUUGUCGCGUUUUGGAUCAUCCUUCGUUUAAAGGGGGACUAGUGUGAGAGAUCGCCGGCUGGGAUUGUUGUGCGUCUUUCCUCCAUCGACUUUCCUCCUCUACUUGUUUGUAGAGGAAUAGAGGGGAUGAAAGAUUCUCGAAAACAGAAGGAUCUCGUCUUUCUACUUCCCUUUCCCUUUCGUUCUAUCCCUCUUUCGCGGUUGUUGAGACGUCGCCAUAGGGAGGGAAAAAAGAUUUCUUUUUCGAAGGAAAGAUCUGCUUGGAUGAUAUAUAAAAAUGUAAUAAAGUGUAAAAAAAAGAAAAAAGAAGGUAAGAAAGAAAGAAAAAAACGUGAGAGAAAAGACUAUGUUUCGAUACUUUUCUUUUUUUUUUUUUUCGUAUCGUUAAAACGAUUGUAAUUAAGGAUAGAGAGAUAGAAGAAAGGAAAAGGGUGUUUGAAGAAGAAGACGAAAGGAGCUGUUCCUCGUUUCCUCUUCUCCUAUGGGGUACUUUCCUCAACAACGCGUACGUUUGCGAUCCUCGAACACGAUGAAGAUAAGAGAUAAGAUUUAAGAGGGAGAAUAAAGGGGAAAAAGAGGAACAUGGGAAGAAGGUUUGUGCGAUGAUUAUAAGAAUAUUAUUUUAUUACCGAUCGAUCUCACUUUUUUCUUAAACUUUUGUCGAUAUUUUUCAUCCAUCGAUGAUCCUUUGGACGGUGGACGGGUGUGCACACGAGAUGAUACAUGCUUUUAACGCCACACUUAUGUCAAUUGUUAGACUCGUUUAUAAGGGCGAAUAUGUAAUAUUUAAAGAGAAUAAAAAAAAAAGAAAGAAAUUCUGAAGUUUUCCCCUUUGUAAUAUCGAUCGUUAUUUAAUGAACAAAAAAGAAAAAAGAAAAAAAAAAGAAUAAAUAAUUAAAUAAAAAUGUGCUAUUUCUAACAUCAAGCGUGUUAUGUAAUAUUACACAAAAUGCACUGUGCUACGGAAUAAAUAUGUAUAUAUAUGAUAUAUAUAUAUAUAUAUAUACGUAUAAAAAAUGAAUAGAUAAUAAAUGAAUGGGAAAAAAAAAAAACGAAUGCUUCUUCAUCGAGUUCGAAGGAUCGAGGACUAUCCGAAGUGACACAUUACACUGCCGUGUGCCGAAGGACACCGUUUCGAACGAUUAUUGUCAACUAUUGGCUAUAUUUUUUCCCCCUGAGAGAAAAAAGAGAAAAAAAAAAACAGUUUAUGAGCGAUGAUCACGUUUUUCCUUGAUCGUUAUUCGUUGAUCGUAGAUAUUGUUCGCCAAAAAUGAAUUUUUAUUCGAUCGCGAAGUCGCGAAAAAAUAGAAAACAAUUGGUAAAAAUCUACGCAGAUUAUUAUUAAUUAUUAUUAUUAUUAUUAUUAUCAGGCGCAUUUGUUAAUGUUGCGUCGCUAAAGAUAGAUUUUUUGCGUUAAAAUUUGUCUAAAUAUUUGUUACAUGUUACAAUAUUUACGCUAAGAUCGUUAUGCGUAUUUUAAUAUUGAUACGCAGUAUGUCCACAUGAUGUCCGGAAGGGCUCAAUUAAAAAUUAUUCAAUAGAAUUAAUUAAUAAUAAAAACGAAUCGAUGGAUAGGAAACAAACAAUUUCUCGACAUGAUUUUCUGCAACAUACCGUCCAAUUAUUUCCUCGACCUCGUUGAAAAAUCGAGGCGAAACAACAAUUCUCGUGUAGAAAAGAAUCGUGAUGGAUAAAGUUUAGCGUUUCGCGGCACGAUAUUUUAUCUUCGUUAAUGUUCGUUUCCUUCAUCAUAUGGACACUCUGUGAUCGAUAAAGAAAUAUUAAGAGAUUCGAUUGUUAUAUAUUCGAGAUGUGUAUAAUGAACACGAUAUGAAAAGAAAAAAAAAAUGGAUGAACUGUUAUUAUGAUAAAUAUUAAUAGAAGCAAAAGUCAAGAAACUAGAAAAAAAAAAAGAAACGAUUCCUGUAAAUGAUUGUUGAUUAUACAACAAAAAAAAAAAAAAAAAAAGGGGAAAAAUUCAAAGAAAGUAAGUGUCGCAUUCGAAUAAACUCGUACUUCUGAUCGUUUGCGUGCGCCACUAUGUUGAGUCCAGAUCUUUCGUCAAUUCUUCUCAAAUAUUUUUUUAGGUUAUCCUUUGUCCGUGCAUCGAUCGACUAAUUCGAUGUACAUAAGAGUAAAAGAAAAGAAUAAUGAAAAUGUAUUUAGCUUAGAAAUUUGUAAAGAAGGAAAGAACCCUUUAAGAAAGACUUGAUUCUGAGCUCAACGCUGGUUCACCGUGUGCGCGUGUUUCAUCCAGUUCGCUGUGAAAUUUUUCAUUCGCACUAGUCGUUAGAUCAAUAUAUAAUACCUAUAUUAUAUGAAAUGUAUAUUAACGUUAAGAUAUCGCAAUUAAUCGGGCCUAAGUUCGUUGUAACAUUAAUGAAAGACAGAAACGCAUAUAUGUUAUAAAUAUAUAUAUAUAUAUAUAUACAUGGAUAUGACUAAUAUUAUAAAAAUUGAAAUCUGGCAAUUAUGAUUCUUUUCGAAAUGACACCGAUAUGAAUACAAAAAAAAUACAUAAAUUUUUGAACGUGUCUUUCAUUGAUAAUCUUUGUGUAUAUUAUUAUAUUCUAUGAUUCUGUUCAUAGAGUGAUUCUCAUAGAGUGUUAUAUUUCUUGUAUAUGUAACGUGUUACGAACGCCAUAUAAAUCACGAUUUAUGUAUGCUCUUUGCCCCGACUGAGACAUGAGAAAAUACAUUUUCGCGAAAAAAGUCCUUCAUUUUUUGGACAAUUAGAAUUGUGGGUCAGAAAUGUAAUAUGUAAUAAUAUGAACAUGUUGAUAAAUGAACGUCUUUCCCUUCAAUGGUCAAAACAACAAAAGAAGAAAAAAAGGAAAAAAAAAAGAGUAUGAAGAGAAAAUAAAUCAUCAUGGUGUACUUCGGCAGUCCCCCUAUUUCAAAACAAC